AUGGAUCAUGUUAUGAGUUAUUCCCCCUGCUGGGUACGUGGUAGCAGGAUCGAGGAAAUAGUUUGGAUCGGCAAGGACGUGCUCGCUUGGUGCACUGGGCUGUACAUUGUGUUCUUUCACGUCGUUAAGAAGCAGCAGACGCUGUACUGGUGUUGGAAUAAUACAACUGGUGAUGGUGCUCACUGUAUAUCCGGUCACGUAUCCUCGCCGAUUUUCGCCUUCUCCGAGAGAUCGCUGAAACCGCGAAUCCUCAUCCUCGCGUAUCCCUCGAUGACGACAAUUUGUGAGUGCGUUGGAGGAUGCGACAGCGGCUAUCUGGCGAUUGCGUUCACGCCAGACGAUUAUCUCGUGUCUUUGGGCUCUUAUCCGAACUUCCCGAUGAUCGUGUGGUCCUGGAGAACGGGAGAGAAGAUUGCGAUCGUCGACACGCCCAUACGCGAUGAAGUCGGUCAGAUGAUUAGAAUAACUCGAACGGGUCGCACCGUCAUCGGCCAAAUGGGAAAGACUUGCGGAAAAUUAUUUACCUGGGAGCUCGACGUUGCUGAUAAGAUCGUUAUCUUGAAAGAUCAUGAGAUAAAACUGCCGAGAGAAGCUAUGAUUUGGGGGAUCGACUGGUGCCCAAGCACACCGAACGAUCCGCUGUUGGCUAUCACCGACGCGGACGGUCACGUAUAUCUGAGCAACUAUGAUGGAACCGACGUCCUCCGCAUCGUUUUCUCGCAACACUGUGGGAUCUGCAUAGACAUUGAGACACCAGUCGUGUGCUGGUUUCGCGAUGGUAUCGUCCUUAAGACGACCUUUUGUCAGAUUCGCUAUUUCAAGAAACAACCGACAACCGACGUCUGGCGCAAGCAAUGGCACGUCAAGUCGAACUACAAGCCCCAUAUCUUAGUCGCGCAUCCCUCGAGAAAUUGGCUCUUCUAUUACACUUUCGAGGGUUAUUUGAUGCAGAUAAUGUUCCCUGAGGAAAAAGACGCCACGCCGACAAGCUAUAAGUAUUUGCAACACGGCGGUAGGUAUCGCUUCGUCGAUUUCUUGUAUCCUUGGUGCCAUCACCUCGCGGCGACAGACGAUCUCAAGGAAUUGACCAUUCUUGAGAGCUACAGCGGCAGUGAGGUCUCCAAAGUGGAGCUCGAUAUAGAAGGCAGCAUAUCAGCUCAAACCUCCCAUCCGGAUGAUCCACUGAUUGUUGUUGUUAGCGACCAAGGUGAAAUGACAAUUCUAGGUGUCAGCGAUCCGGAGCGACCAAUGAUACUGGCGUACUUUUGUCUGCAGAGAAAACCUUUAAAUCUCGUAAAGUUUUCUCACUCUGGCAGAUUUCUAAUCGCCGCGCAGAAGGAAACAGGUAAUUGCUAUUGCGUGAACCUGCAACGCGACGAGAUGUGGAAGGUGGUGGCUCAGCUCCGGGCGAAAGGUCACCUCGUCGACGUGGCGUUUUAUGAGGACGAAAUGCGCGGGAGUCUGAAAAUACUCGUGCUCCACACCAAGUGCAAACCAUUUAGUCCGAUGGGUCAGCAGCUGCUCGUAUACGACGUGUCGUAUACGAGCCUCACUGGCCAACGUCUGAUCUACGAAACCACCAACGUCAUACAGCUGCCCGAGCUCUUUUACGAACUGUGUCACGCACACGAUGAUUCUCAACUGCUAAUAGGCUCGCCUUAUCUCGAACGGCAAUUGUAUACAUUGAGGCUGCGACGCAACUUCGAAGAGGCGAUCUUGACGGACAUGGCGUUGACGGGACAUCACGUGCGGCUCGCACGUGUUUUCGUCGAUCGACGUUGGAUUGUUACGUGCGCUUACGACGGAUUGGUUAUUAUUCGCGACAAAACAGUACGGCAGAUCGUCUCUGUGGUGCCGAUGCAUCACAGACUUAAUUCGGGCAGUCGGAAGGCGAUCAUUAGUCGUGAUGGUGAUGUGGUAGUCGCUCUGGGCCAUGAUGGCUCCUUGAUUGCGACGCGCGUUCGUCAUGAGAAUGAAAAAGUAUUAACAAUAUCGUUACAGGAGAGUAAAACGUCACUGUCCGCGAUUGAAAACAAAAGCGUCUACCUAGUGGACUAUGAAUGGUAUGAGAAGCGAAAAGAGAAGAUACUCUCGGAUUAUACCUCUCUAGAUCCGGCAAUCCGUGCCUCGUUGACACGAACCAGAGUUGACUUCCCGGCAGCUGACGAGAAAGAGUUUAAAACCUGGAAGGAAUGGCGGCAGAACGCGCAGCUGCAAGAAGAAACAAGACUUUACGCCGCAGAGAAGGCCGCCAUUGCAACGAAUCUGGAGGCCUUGAAAGCUGCCGUCAAACAGCUCCUCGAUGCCAAUGAAACUUGUCCAGAUCUAGAGAAAUUACCAGUGUCCGCGUUUGACCUGAACAAAGGAGGCCGCGAUUACAGAUUGAAAAUGGCUAAAGACGAGCGCGAGGACGCCCGCAUGGAAAUAGAACACGUCUGCGCCUCAAUGGAUCGUGUGGCUAACUGGCUAAAGACAACCUUCUGGGAUCCACAGGUCGUAUUAGGUCGCUCGAUAUUCUCCUUUUCCGGUGACAUAGAGAUCACGAAUUACCCGCUGACCGAGGAGGAUCCGUAUUUCAAGGAGCACCUGCAAUGGGCGCAAUUCGCUAGGGAUUCGGUGCGCAGCAUGAUCUAUGAUACCUUUCAGCCGUGGCACAGCUACACGAAAGAUCAACUACAGACGAAACUGAGCAAACCCGUCCGAAUGUAUCACGAGGACGAGAGACACAGGAUGGAAUUGCUCCUGGAUGAGGAGCGCGAGAUCGAUUCUGAGGAAUUAGCGGAGCAGCGGGCAGUCGAUGGCAUAACGACGUAUCGGUUCGUCGAGCAGUCGCCUUACUAUUAUACGCAAAUGGAAUCUUACGGAUUCGCACACGUAAUGUUGGACGAUCGUUUUCUGAUGCACGACUGUGGCAAGCUCUAUGCCUACUUCAACAGACUGUUCGAUGACAUGUAUGCGGCGAAGGAGCGAGAAGCGAACAUGAUACGGGAGAGGAACGAACGGAUACGUCAUAUAGACUCCGAGCUGAAGAUAAUGUUCGGCCAGAGCGUGCCGCGGGUUCCUGUUGAUCCGCAGUGGCAUCCCAAGGAGAAAGCAGAGAGCAUUAUUCAGGUGCUCCCACACGAGGUCAAGGCGAGGCCAUACGUGUCGCCGUCGAAGCAGGAAAUUUUAGACACGCAAGCAGCGGAAGCCGAACGAAUCAGACAGUUGUCACUGGCCGACGAUUUUCGCGAGCGCGCUUUAAUGAAAAUGAUGGACGGUAUGUUGGAGAUUCGUUGGGAGGACACUAUCAAGAUAGACGUACGCAAACCCGCGUGCAUGCUGGAGAAACAGCCGGAGCAGUACACGCCCGAUGACAUCGCGGCCGUAAAGAGGUAUGAAGCGAAUGUGGAGACGCUUCAGCAGGAACGCGAACGUUACAAAAGGAUGCUCGAGGCCGAUUACGCGAAGAUCAACGGACUUCUGCAAGAGGGCAUUGACAAGUUCGAUGCCAAAUUGAACGAAUUUUUUCAGCUAAAGUUAAGAGUCGAAGCGGCGAUAAACCAACUGAAGCUACGACAUAUUCGUGGCCGUAUGCGUAACCUGGCGCGAAUCGAGGCUGUAAAAGAGGAUGAUAGGAUAAAACAGGAGAUGUCCGAGAAGCGCCGAUACGAAAACAUGUUGAAGGAACACGCACAGAAGCUGUACAACGUCCAUCAGAAUAUUCUCGCGCAACACGAUGCUCUCUGCGCUCAAGAGAAGACAAUGGCGAAGAAGCUCCCGCUAGAAUUCGCCGCGUUAUCGAAGGUAAACUACGAGCUUCUCGAACGACAAUACAAGCGAAGACCGCGAGUGUCUUUGAAGAACGUCACUGCCAGUGACCUGCUCAAUCUCGCAAAGUAUCUCGUAGACCGUAUAAAGCCAGCUUACUUCCCGACCGAAUGCGCGGAUUAUGCAAAAAUUUUGGAAAGUCUGGACACGCAGCCCAAGAAAUUGCCGCAGUCGAUCGAGGCGACUUCCUGGGACCAUCUGACGCAAUUGCGCCGCCAGAAGAUUAACGUCGAGCUGAAGAUCAAGGCUCAACAGUUGGAGAUAAGCGCGAUAGAGCGAACGAUCGCCAUGUUCGAGGGCAAGAUUGACGCAUGUAAGUCGAGCGAAGCCCUCCUCAGGGAUCAUUUAAAUGCUGCGAGAGACGAGCGCAUGACGAGCGAACAGGACGCGGAAGUGCAGCUGGUGCUGAAGAGAGGCCAAGUGGAACUUGAACUGCGUGGUGAACGGCAAGACGCGACGGACGCUGUCUUGGUACCGCGCGCAGAAAUCGAGAGAGUCAAUGAGCACAUCCGCGCCGUAGGUGCGCGCAAACUGAACGCCCUGAAGCGUAUGAUCGACUUCCGCAACGGAAUGUUGUCAAUCGAGUGGGAGCACCGUUGCCUGAGAAUGCGAUUCAAGGAACUGGAGGAGGACCUUCAUUUCAUAAACAAUAUUACUGUCACCCGGGAUUUGCGUACCUACCUGAGGAGGAAGGCAAAAGGGUUACGCGACGAUAAAACUGCGGUGCAUCUCGAGAAGGAGAUAGAGAUCGCGAGAAAAUCUCAGGAGAGAGCCUUGUCCAAGGAGAUAAAUAAACUGGAGGACCUCCGGCAGAAGAUCGCUCGCGUGAAGAAGAAGAACGCCAAGCUCGACCGAACUAUCACCGAGAUGAACGUAGCGAGAUGGGAAUUGGAGUAUCAGCGCGACAUCAUUGGGGAGAUGAGACAAUGCGAGCACACGGAGCGGAAGAUGCGUCUCAUCAAGCAACGAUCCGAUCUGAUCAGAAAGCUCCAAGACAAUUACGCUGAGCUCCUGGCGCUGCAGACCGAGCACGAGUUGCUGCGGCUGCGAACAUAUCCUACGUUGGAGUAUCGGACGUUUGACGAUGAGGAUAAAGUAUGUCAAUAA